CUGAGCGACUGAAUUGAUUGAUUGAUUGAUUGAUUUUAACAGGUCUUUGGGGAGACAGCUGGCUGGGAGCACCUGUCCCACCAGGGUGAGCGUGCAGGAUGAAGACUGCCAACAGCGAGGUCCUCGAUGCGCACUUCACGGUGGACAAACAGAACGUCUCCCUUUGGCCUCAAGACCCUCCUCCCAAGACGUGUCCGUCCCAGGUUCUGGGGAGACUCCUCACGGUCCGCGCUGUGGUCGUCUUCCUGACGCUGGUCAUGGUCACCUCUGUCCUGCUGCAGGCCAUUCUCUAUCCCUGGUUCAUGCGCACAAUAUCAGAUGUCAAGACCAAUGCCCAGUUGCUGAAAGCUCGUGUGGACAACAUCAGCUCCCUGAGUUCUGAGAUCAAGAGGAACACAGGUGGCCUGGUGGCAGUGGGCAUUCAGGUCCAGAUGGUGAAUGCCAGCUUGGAUCGCAUAAGUUCUCAGAUCCGGAGGUUGGAAACAGGCUUGAAGGAAGCCAGUGCACAGCUGCAGGUGCUAGCAAGUAGUUGGAAAGCAGUCGAUGAGUUGAAUGCCCAAAUCCCAGAGCUAAAACAAGAUUUGGAUAAAGCCAGUGCUUUAAAUGCAAAGGUCCGGGAACUCCAGAGCGGUUUGGAGAGUAUCAGCAAAUUGCUUCAACAGCAAAAUGACAUUCUCCAGGUGGUUUCUCAAGGCUGGAAGUACUUCAGGGGGCACUUCUAUUACUUUUCUCAAAUCUCGAAGACCUGGUACAGUGCCCAGCAGAUCUGUAUAUCCAGGAACUCCCACCUGACCUCGGUGACCUCAGAGAGUGAACAGGAGUUUCUCUACAGGACGGCAGGCGGACUUCCCUACUGGAUCGGCCUGACCAAGGCAGGGAGCGAGGGGGACUGGCACUGGGUGGAUGGCACUCCGUACAACAAGGUCCAGAGUGAGAAGUUCUGGAUUCCAGGUGAGCCCAACAACUAUGGGAACAACGAACACUGUGUCAACCUAAAGACUUCCGCACUGCGGUCAUGGAAUGAUGCCUCCUGUGAUAAUACAUUUCUUUUCAUCUGUAAGCGAUCCUAUAAACCAUCAGAUCCAUGACCGGACUGGCCCCUGUGCUAGCACUUUAAGCUCCAAUGCUCAUUGAAGUCAAGGAAAUGCUCCUCUCUCCCUUGUCCUCCAAGGUGAUUUUGAACCUUAAUUUUUCAUGCUUUAAAAUUGUCCUGAAGGCAUCCCAGAGUCCAUCUGCCUUGGCUGGGAAUUCUCUGGCCUCACAGUGGAUAUCCUUUCCCAGAGUCCAUCUGUCUUGGCUGGGAAUUCUCUGGCCAAAGGAUAUAGUGGAUAUCCUUUCCACUUCAGCUUCAAAGGCAGAUGAAGUGGAAAGGAUAUCUUGGGUUAAAAUGUGGAGGUGAGGGUAGAGAGAAUGAGGAGUUUGCACUGCCCCAGUGAGAUGGACCAUGAUACACCAUCUGGGGCAGCACCCUGGGCGGGGGGUCCGUCCCUUUGGAGAAGCCUCAGCUUUACUGGGUGAAAUUUGUGUACGACCAUCCCAGCGAUUCUCCAGAGACUGAGACUCUGGGCAUUUCCAGCUGAUACCCCAGAAUUCCCAGUUGUCUUCCUAAGUGUUCUCAGUGGGAAGAGCUCUGCUCUUGGUAGGCCCUGUUCAUGCCAUGUACCCAUGGCCCCCGUCAUCCUUAUCCUCCGAGACCUGAGCCCCUUCCUCCCUGGGAUAGGCUUGACUGGUUCAGGUCACGGGCUGAAUGGAAACGUGUCUCUGCAGACCUAGACCAGUAUCCACGUGCUUCUCCCUACCCAUCACUUGCUGGGUGCUGCUCCCCGGGUCCCAGUCUGUCUGCCCAGCUCCUCUGCCUUGGUCCCUGGGCCUUCUCUUUCUUCUGCAUCUCCUCUCUCCCCAGGGGUCGGGGGAAGCGGCCUUCAGUGGAGAGGGUACCCCAGCUUCAUUAGAAUAAAAUGCUGCCUGGGAACAUUUUCUUCCUGGGGGUACAGGUGGAUGUGUGGGGCGGAGGGGACAUUUGCUCCACUGGAUAUGAAGUUCUGGGGUGUCCUCAGGAAACAGUUACGGGUUCAAAUAACAGUCAGAAAGUCCCAGCCCUGGAAAUGCCAUAAAACUUGAGCAGUACUUAUCUUUGGUUUUUACUGAAAUGCAGCCGAAUAGGACUGCAGUGUCUGGCGUGUCACCACCCUCUGGAUGGUCUUUCUUCUUAGACAUUCGCAGACCAGCUUCUGUUCUCUGGCUUUGCACUGGAUGGGGAGAUGCGUCAGGUCUCCCAUUCUUCACAGAGACCCUGAUCACAGCCACCACGUCCAAAUCUGCCAUCCAGGGGCCGAAGCAGGAAUCCAGGCUGCACCAGAGUGGAGCAGAGAGGAAGCAGAAAGGGGUGCUCUGUGAAUGCAUGGCAGGCUCAGCAGAGUGGCCCUCCUCUCCUUGGGGUCCUCGUUAGAUGCCGUCUUUAGGGUCCUGGGCAGGGAGGAUGUUUUUCUUCAGUGACUGUGACCAGCAGAGUGGUGUUGUGGUUGUGAAGAGGCUGAAGUGGAGGGAUAUUAGGAGGAAGCUUGAAGGAACAGGGGGCAUAUGGGCUUUUAAAAAAUGUGGUGAUGAUGAGGAAUGAACAGUCAGUGAUGGGGCUCAUAUGAGAGCAUUUGCCCAAAGCUCCAGGGACGUCUGAAGUCUGGGGGGUAGGGGCACAUCAGGGAAGUGAAGACCGGUGAUCACACAGGCUAGGCUGUGCGGGCCCAGAAGGUGUCUGCAUCUUCUCUAAGAAAUACUUGGCUGUCCUUACUCUUCAUAAUUUGAAGUGGCAAAUUACAGGAGAAUAUUACUUCUUCCCAGUGUCAACUACCUGCUCACAGCACUAGCUGAUGGAGAAAUGAAAUACAAGCUGUAGGCUCAGAGCUGCCUCUAGGGAACUAUGCCAUUGUGCUUCCAAACCCGACUCUGCUCUCCACCCUACUGUCACGCCUGACCUGUCAGCCACCAUGUCUGGGCUGCCAUGUUUUGUGUGUUCUUUAUAAUUAAAAAUUUUUUAAAAUUA